AUGGAGACGCUUGUUGUUGUGGCUGAACACAGGAAUCAAUACUAUAGCAGAGUUAAGCCACAUGGGCCUGCUAAAUUUGGGACUUCACCUUCUAAGAGCUUUAGGGAUAUCAAUUGCAGGACUUUUCAAACAGGGGCUGGGUUACUCCCAACCCCGUUUCAGACUUCCACUACUCCUGUAACCGAAAGCACCACUCAUGUUCCUCCUGCUUCGUACUCUCCAAAAACACCAUCACCAACUGUGAAGUCUUAUUCCAAUUCUCAUUCUGUUGACGAUGGUGGCUUUAAGACUGCUUCAAAAAGCUGUCCUAUAACUAUUAAUGUUAAGUUUCCUAGAAAGGAGACAUCUUUUAAUGAGGAGAUGGGUUUUGUUAAUGAGAAUUUACCGUUCUCGGAGCGUUGGGCUGGUCCUGCUUAUUCGAAUUCUCCACCACCCAGUUCUUUACCGAUUCCCAAGUUUUCAAUGAGGCCACCAAAGCGAACCGUGUCACUUGAUUUACCUGUGUCUGAUGAUACCGAUUUUGUUGUGCAACCAACUGCCAAGUCUGCACCAGCUUCCCCUGCAAGGGAGCAUAGCCCGUCUAUGAGAGAUUUGUUUCUUAGUGCUGACUCUGCGACGAAGACUCUGCGUCGCAUUCUCAACCUUGAUGUGGCGGAUGAGUGA